AUGGGCAAACAACGGGACUCGCCACUAGUAAAGAGCUGUAGAGUAGUCGCAAGAUGCAGAUUCAGAAAGUCACAGGAACCGGAACAUCGGCACUCGGUCGAGAAAUUCAAGGAGUGGAAUGUCACUAUUACAUGCAAAAAUCCGGGCGCAGACUUACCUGAUGAAGCCAAAGAUAUGCCGUACGUGCAGUGUGUCAUCUUCCAUCCUCACCCGGACUUUGGGCUCGGUCCACAAGUGAGGACUUCAGCUCCUUACAGAUUCGAGGCUCACGGAUAUGUUCCACACGAAAUGAUGGUUGAAGUCCACUUUGUAGAAGGCCCCUUUUUGAAAACGAUGGCUCCUAUUCGAUUCGAAGGAAGUGAUAUCAAAAAGGAUGCUAAAAGGUGGUCGUAUUAUGACAAGGAGGAAGACAAGGUGUUUUCAGGCUUCACCGAGAAUUUCAGACAGCUUCUGAUACAAGGAAACCUUUUACAAACGCCACGAAACUCUCCGUCGCCGCCCGAUACCACUGCAGGAUCAACCCCGAAACGAAAACAUCCAGCACUUCAACGAGGAAAAAUAAAAUCAUCAUCACCAGCAGUAACAACAGCAGCAGACUCCUCAUCAAAAAGAUCAAGCCUGUCCAAAGAAAUCGUAUAUGAAGAGUCUUAUGAUUCCGAUGAUUCAAUACAUUCGAAUCAUUCGACUUCCAAAGAAUCCUCAUCCACUUCUCCUCCGAUUACUCGAGGACAUGCUGCGUCAGGUGCUACUACGACCAAUGGUGCUACCAGUAAUGGUCAUAACAUUAAGUCUAAACCUAGUAGUGUUGCUAGUAAUGGUAAACAGAAAUCAUCGUCAUCAAGUAGUCAUCCCGUUGUAAUCGUACGCUCAUCGACAACGGCAUCAUCACCCUCUACUGCAAAGAGGAAGAGAACAGUUGAAGACGAUGAUAGUGAUGCGAGCAGUAAAGGUGGUGAUGCAGGUACUAAACGUGCUAAAUCAGAACCACUUUCAAGUAACAAGGAAACUGUAAUUGUUAAUGAACAAGCUGCAGUAAUGAAGGUCAAGCAAGGAGUUGUAGCGAUGAAUGUAGAACAAGAAAUGGUGAAUGGAGAUGAUGGAUCAGAGGAAGACGACGAUAGAGUCUUUCACGACCCAACAGGCAAAUCAUUCACACUAAAUGAUGUAUUUGAACGUAUCGAAAGAUUGGAUUUGGAAGGAAGGCCUGUUGUGGAUCUCAUGAUACUCAUCAAACGAGCAAAGGAUGCUAGUCCUUCUGUCUUUUACAGUUUUGAUCCCGAUUCAGAAGUCUUGCAGUCUCAACUAACCAACAAAAAACUUGUCGCAAAAAUUUCCUCAGGACCAUUCGAUUUCGACCUGAAUUCACUUCCUGAUCAGACAGUUCUGGAUUUAUGGCAGUUAUUGGAUCAAGCUGAGGAAAAGGGACGGGAUGCUUGGUGGACAAAUAAGACUAGGAAAUAG